CUACCGAUUGUGUUUCUUCGUGUCAAACGUCAAACGCCGAAGCGGAACGCAAAAAUUCACGCUCUCGCCUAAAAUUGUGAUAUUUUUCCGUAAAAAUCGUAGAUUCGAGGACAUUUCGUCGGCCAAAUUCCCGAUAAGGUCCUAAAAUCGAGGUGUGGAAAAAGUUCCUUUCCCGAGCACAAAGGCGAGAGUGUCAUCGGAGGUGUGAGAGAAAAGUUUAGGCAGGAAAUUUUGUUUAUAUCCACGAGUGCCGCUCAGCUGUUGUUUUUGUUGGUUGGCAACUGAAGGAACCACCAAGUCCCCAAAACUAGUUCACCGGGUCACUGUACCUUCUGACCGAAAUGACGAAUCAAUACGUUAGCCCCCUUUCGAUUGCGGUCAUUUGUUCCUCGAACAUGAACCGCUCGAUGGAAGCGCACGGAUUCCUGGCUAAAAAGCGUUUCAAGGUGCGCUCCUUUGGAACCGGCGACAAGGUAAAACUGCCCGGCACCGCUGCCGACAAGCCAAACAUUUACGACUUUGGAACCAGCUACGAUGACAUCUACACUGAUCUGGCCAGCAAGGACAAACAAUAUUACACACAAAACGGUCUCCUGCACAUGUUAGAUCGAAACCGUCGGAUCAAGCCUUCCCCGGAGAAGUUUCAACUCUGCACCGAACGAUUCGAUGUGCUGGUCACGUGCGAAGAGCGUGUCUACGAUCAGGUGAUCGAAUUUAUGGAAUCGAAAACUCCCACCUACAACCUGCCGGUGCAUGUGAUCAACAUCGACAUCCAGGAUAACCACGAGGAAGCGACCGUGGGUGCGUUUGCGAUAUGUGAUCUUAUUACCAUGAUGGCCCAAAGUGACGACCUGGACAACGACAUCGAUGAGCUGUUGCAUGACUUCGAGGGAAAAUGUCAACGCAGCGUACUUCACUGUGUCCUGUUUUACUAGUCUUGGGUUCGAUUUUGUUUUAGGCUCAAACAAAUUCUCUAAAGAAAGCAACUAUAGGAUGUGUUUAUGAAAAAUCUGUGAGAGGGGAAAAAAAUAGCAAAACAAUUUCUAGCUUUCAAAUUAAAUUUUUGUUACGUCCUUCCAUUUCCUUGUGUUUCGGAAUUGAGUCGAACUUGUUUCGAGAAAUUAUACAUGCCCCAUGAACAGACCACAAAUAGUGAACCACGAAACAAUAACCAAUGAAAAGAGAAAGGACGAAGGGGGAACACAACGGUUUUUUAAUCCAAAAACAAAUUCACACAUUACUUUAGCAGCAAACACGAGGUGAUUCGAUAUUACUCUGUAAGCGAACUAUAUUAUGAUACAUAUUUAUAUUUAAUAUAAAAGAUGUGUAAUUUCCUCUUUUGUACAACAAACACAAUAAAGUUACAAAGACAGUUUA